AUGCAAAACGACGCCGGCGAUUUCGUGGACCUGUUCGUGCCACGGAAAUGCUCCGCAAGCAACCGCAUUAUUGGUGCCAAGGACCACGCAUCCAUCCAGAUGAAUGUGGCCGAGGUUGACAGGGUCACAGGCUGGUUUAAUGGCCAGUUUAAAAUCUAUGCUAUCUGUGGGGCCAUUCGAAGGAUGGAUGAAUCAGAUGACUCUAUUCUUUGAUUGGCUAAGGCCGAUGGAAUUGUCUCAAAGAACUUUUGACCAGAAGAGAUCGGGGGAUAUUUGUCAUAAAUAAAAGUGAGAAAGUAAAA